UUUACAAGUGUCGCCUUGUUAUUUCUGUUUACAAAUUAAGAAGAGAACAAGUAUUAGAAGGUAGUAAACAACUCCUAUUAGUUAGAAAACCAAAAAAAAAACACUCUUUAAGUUGGAAAAGUUUUGAAGGAGAGGAAAAAAGCCACGUGAUGGUGCAUCCUUUGGUUGAUAGAGCCACCAGCGAUAUGCUUAUUGGUCCUGAUUGGGCCAUGAAUCUUGAGAUAUGUGACAUGCUUAAUCAUGAGCCUGGGCAAUAUAGAGAAGUUGUGAGUGGAAUAAAGAAAAGGCUUACUAGUAAGACUACCAAGGUUCAGCUUUUGGCUCUUACUUUGCUAGAGACAAUGCUAAACAAUUGUGGGGAGCUUAUUCACAUGCAACUUGCCGAGAAGGACAUUCUUCAUAAGAUGGUGAAGAUGGUCAAAAGGAAGCCUAACAUCCAAGUGAAGGAGAAGAUAUUGAUACUUAUAGAUACUUGGCAAGAGAGCUUUUCAGGUCCUCAAGGAAGACAUCCUCAAUAUUAUGCAGCAUACCAAGAGUUGUUGCGUGCAGGAAUUGUAUUCCCUCAAAGACCUCCUCCAACCACAGUUAGUUCAGGACAAACUGGUCCGUCUUCAGCGUAUAAUCAGAAUGCUCGUAACGCUAGACAAGAAGCUAAUGAUACUUCCACAGAGUCAGAGUUUCCAACUUUGAGUUUGACAGAAAUUCAAAAUGCAAAAGGGAUUAUGGAUGUCUUAGCUGAAAUGUUGAACGCAAUAGAUGGAAGCAACAAAGAGGGACUUAAACAAGAGGUUAUUGUGGAUCUUGUUAGCCAAUGUCGCACCUAUAAACAAAGAGUAGUUCACCUUGUAAACUCUACAUCAGAUGAAUCAUUGCUUUGCCAAGGCCUAGCCUUAAAUGAUGAUUUGCAGCGAUUACUUGCGAAGCACGAAUGCAUCGCUUCUGGAAACACUAUGCCAGAAAAAUCUAAAAAAGAAAUUUCUAAGGAAGCAACUCAGAUCAUAGAUGUUGACUCAAGUGAAAUGAAAGAUACUAGUACUGUUGUGGCUUCUGCAACCAAUGGUCAAAAAGUAGAUCUUCUUAGUGGAGAUGACUUUGAGACACCGAAUGGAGAUAACUCACUAGCUCUUGUCCCUCUUGGACCUGCACAACCAAGUAGCCCUGUUCCAACCCCAGAUAAUUCUAUGGUCUUAAUCGACAUGUUAUCAGAUAAUAACUGUGAAAGCUCUACUCCAACUUCUAGUCCACACUCUCAUAAUCAGAUGGUACCACAAAACUACUCAAAUGGAUUUGGACAAGGGUCAUCUGGUCCUGUCUGGAAUCUCCAGAUUACCCAGCAACCAUCUUCUCCUGCAUAUGGAAACCAAAACCAACCCUUUUCACCUACCUUUAGCCCGCCAGUCUCACCUCACUAUGGUGGACAAAACAACAAUGUUUUAGCACUACCACCACCACCAUGGGAAGCUCAAUCUCCAAGCUCUAGUCCUCACUACUCUCCUACUCACCCGAUGCAAGUGACUCAAGUUGUCAUCACGACACACACUCAUCAACCGCUAGGUUACAACCCUCAAGGUGGCUCUCCUCAUGCUCUCAACAACCCUCAAGGUGGCUCUCCUUAUGCUAUCAACAACAACAAUAACAUGUUCGGUAUGAUCCCCUCUCCAAUGACAGGAGGCCACAUGCAACCCUUCGGCCAUCAGAAUCCUGCUGCCAUGUACGGAGGCUACGGAGGACAACCUCAGCCACCACAACAGUAUUUUGGUGAACAACAAAUGUAUGGAGGCUAUGGAGGACAACCUCAGCCACCACAAGAGUUAGAACAACAAAUGUAUGGAAUGUCACUUCAAGACAAUGGAACCAGCAAUGGCAACCCCUACCAAGUGUCUUCUCAUCCUUCGGGUCUUAAUUAUCAGCAACCAAUGAUGAAACCUGUGAACAAGAAACCAGAGGACAAGUUGUUUGGAGAUCUUGUUGAACUCUCCAAGAACAAGAAGCCUACUGAACGAGCCGGUAGUAUGUAAAACCUCAUAUUUUUCACCAGUUUUUAUAGAGUUUUUAAAAUUUUCAUGUUGACUUUAUACAAUUUUUAAAAAUAAUUCUGAAUUAUUCAUUUGUCACCAAAAGUGAAUAACAUCAUCAUUUUCAUU